UUUAGCACCAAGUAAAUCUCCCCUCUCCCUUUGGACAUGACUUCAGAGUUCCAACUACUCUUCUCUCUAAUGGCAUUCUUGUGUCAUUUCCAGCAUUUCUAACGCCUUAUCAGAGCCUUAGAACCUUCUUCUCCAAUGAGCCGCUCAAUCAUGGCUCCUUGCAAGCUCAAUUCCACUGAUUCUUAUGGAAAUGGAGAUGUGAGUUUUUCUUGUUCACAGUUAAAUAAUUCACUUCCUAUCUUACAUUCUGAGAAGGCAGCACAGAAUGGAAAUGGAGAUGUGAGUUUUUCAUGUUCACAGCUAGAUAAUUCACUUUCUGAGAAGGAAGUGCAGGAGCUUCUUCAACAGACUCCUAUUCAGGGAACUGAUGAACAUCUUAUAGAGUUCUCAGAGGCACUAAGAACUGUUGCAAAGACAUUGAGACGAGUGGCUGAAGGAAAAGCUUUUGCUCAAGCUGAGGCUGCUGAAUGGAAGCGUAGAUAUGAAUUGGAGAGGGAAAGAAAUCAGCGGCUGCAGCGUAAAGAACAUUUACCCAGGGAGUGCAAUGGUGAUUGUAACAAAGAGAGGACAUUGAACUCAAAAAACCUGUUAGUUUCGAGUAAUGGCACAAAUGGACAAUCUGAAGAUUGUUGUACCAAUGGGAUUUGCUCUCAUGAAGUUCUUCAAGAUGGAGAGACUGACUCUGAUCCCAUGAUGGUUAAGAGUAGGAUUAUGAGAAAGGCUUCUUUUAAACUUUCAUGGUGCAGCAAAGGUGAAGAUAGUGAUCAGCACAAACAUGAAGUUGUAUCUUUUGCAAGAGGAAAUAUAACAACUGCAGAGCGCCACAGUAAACAGAUUUCUUUGAAGUGGGAAUCUAAACCGCAGACUGUGCUUAUCUUCACCAAACCAAAUUCAAUUUCUGUUCGAAUUUUAUGUUCAGCUAUGCUGAGAUGGUUGGAAGAAAAUAAAAAGUUAAACAUUUACGUGGAACCACGUGUGAGGGGUGAACUUCUGACAGAAUCGUCUUACUUCAACUUUGUGAAAACAUGGAAAGAUGACAAGGAAAUUUCUCUACUGCACAAAAAAGUUGAUCUUGUAGUUACUCUUGGUGGGGAUGGUACUGUUCUUUGGGCAGCAUCUAUGUUCAAAGGACCAGUUCCUCCCAUUGUUCCGUUUUCUCUAGGUUCUCUUGGCUUUAUGACACCGUUUCAUAGUGAACAUUACAGAGAUUGCCUUGAUUCAAUUCUUAGGGGUCCAAUUAAUAUAACAUUGCGACAUCGUUUACAAUGCCAUGUCAUUAGAGAUGCAGCAACAAAUGAGGUUGAAACUGACGAGCCUAUACUUGUUCUGAAUGAGGUUACGAUUGACCGUGGAAUAUCAUCCUACCUCACAAAUUUGGAAUGCUAUUGUGACAACUCCUUUGUCACAUGUGUGCAAGGUGAUGGGUUAAUUUUAUCAACAACAUCGGGUAGCACUGCUUAUUCAUUGGCAGCUGGAGGAUCGAUGGUCCAUCCACAGGUUCCAGGCAUCCUCUUUACACCAAUUUGUCCACAUUCAUUGUCUUUUCGGCCUCUGAUAUUACCUGAACAUGUAACAGUAAGGGUACAAGUUCCUUUCAACAGUAGAAGCUCUGCUUGGGUAUCAUUUGAUGGCAAGGACAGGAAACAGUUAGCAGCCGGCGAUGCACUUGUGUGCAGCAUGGCGCCUUGGCCUGUGCCUACAGCAUGCCAAGUUGAUUCCACCAAUGACUUCUUGCGCAGCAUUCACGAGGGCCUUCACUGGAACCUUAGAAAGACCCAAUCUUUCGAUGGCCCUGUGAUAAAUAAUAAUAUUUAGUUUAAUUUUUCAAGCAAAUCUAGCUAGUAUGCAUUAUAGAAGCGGAAAUACAUAAGAGUUUGAAAUUUAGCAAAAUUAGUCAACAAUUAUCUGCAGAUGAUGAUGAAAUCUGUUAGCAAGCCUUUGCAGAUUUACAAGAGGUUCAGUCCUGGCUGAAAGAGAAGGACGCUUGGAGAUGAAGGAGACCAACUUCAAGCUGAAUCUGACAGUUGAUGCUGCUGUGUGUGGUGCUGCCAUGUUCUUAGUGAUUCCUAAUUGUUUCUUUUUAAUAUUAAUUUCCUUAUUAAGUGUAAGAGGUGUUUCUCUCCAUGUGUAUUUAAGUAGAGCAAGCCAGUAAUAAAACUGUAUGAUUAAAAUCCCAAAUUUUUUUUUGUACUUGAAGCUCAAGAGUUGCAGAUUCUCUCCAAGUCCUUCAAUAUAGGUAGAAGGAAGAAAUAUCACAUCUAA